AUGAAAUUUUUUUAAAUUAAAAGUUAAUAAUAAGUCAAUAAAAAAAGUAAUUUAUAAUCAAAAAUUUGCUCAUUAUAUUUAGAGAAAUAUAAAUAGAUGAUUAUUUUGAUAAGUGCAUUAUUAAAUGUGGUAAAUUCUUUUGUUGGAGAUUAAACAUGUCUUAGCAAAGUUACUCCAAGUACUUGCUAAAAUCUUGGGUAUUGCUAUUGGGAUGGUUCAACUUGUUAGGUGGAAGAUUGUUAUAAAAUUGAUGAAAUAGCAGCAUGUAGAGCAAGUGGAGUUCUACAUUCUCCAAUUAUUUGUAAUGCAUUAGAAUUAGAUGGAUAUUUUUUUUAAAUAUAUGCUAAUGUAUGUAAUGAUCCAAGUGAGGAUUCAAAUGAAUUAGUUCAACAUUACAUUAGAUAUUAAGAACCAAAGAAUGGAUAUGCUGAUAAAAGUUCAGAUGGUGUUACAUUGAACAUAUGGAAUACACUGUUUCCACAAUAUGGAUACAUAAGCUAAAUAUACACAAUUUAAAUAUUAAAGCAAAACAUGGUGCAAUUAGAUUAGACAUUAGAUAUUUAUAUAAAAUACUAAUCGUUAUUGUUAUAUGAUACUAAUUGGACAUAUGAAUAAGAGAAAUCGAUAAGUUAUAUGCUAUAAUAAUUGAGAGUAUUAUGAUAAAUAUAAUAAAAGGAUGACACUACAUUAGUGAAUACAAAUAAGAAACCAAUGAUUACAAAAGUAUGGUAGAUAAUUGAUAAUUUAUUGGAAAGAUUUAGAAUAAUAGGAAAUAAUUAUACAGCAAUAUAUCCUUUAUAUAGUAUAAGCCAGGUCUCUUUAUCAAGAUUGUAAGCUGAAUUAUCGGGAAGGAAACAUCUGGCUGCUUUUAAAUGGAAUCAAUAUUUAUAAAAUGGAUAUGUUUAGAUUUUGGGGUAUGAUAUACAUCAAUUUGGAUUUGUUGGGUAAUUGACUUAAGUAUAUGAAAUAAAUGUAUUUGAUAGUGGACACAACACAUAAAGUUUAACUUAUGGAAUAACUUUUACUUUUCCAUUUGAUGUAACAGCUAUUGCACCAAUUUAUCUUUAUUCUUUCAAUAAAGCAACUCUUUAGGAGACUCAAAUAAGAAUGUUAACAAUAGGACCCACUGAUGAAUGUAGUUAUGAUUCUACAGCAUUAAAAUCUAAAUGCAAUAUUUAUCCAAUUACAGGGAAUACCCAGUAUUUUAUAGGAACAGCAUUAAAUACUUGUUUGAGUAUUCCAAAGAGAUAUUUAUGUAAAUAGCCUCGAUGUUUAUGGACAGGUUCAAGUUGUACAGACAAUCCUCCUUGA